UUCAGAGGCUGUGUCUUCCUGACCCUCACACCCUUUCUGUUCCACAUGGAGGACGUUUCUAGUCUCAUUUUUAGAGCGAGGUUCACUCUUUUCCCUCGUCUGGGCAGCACAUAGCACAGCUGUGCCGUCAGCAAGACAGAGGAAGGCGGUAUCUAUUUGUAUCCUUGUAUUUAGCGCAGCGGCUUUAAGCAGGAGGAUUGCCGGGGGACAGAAGUGACCAGGAGAGGGGCCGGGGUAGACAAGCGCUGCUGCUCAGAACACACACACACACACACACACACACACACACACGUACACACACACACACACACGUACACACACACACACACACACACACACACACACACACACACACGUACAAGCACGCACACACGCAGCUCAGGCCUGCUGACUGCACUGGGGAACUGGGAAGGGAAGCGGAGCCUGGCAGCCUCCGGUGGCCCGGCGCCACCAAGCCUGCGCUUUCCGGUUCAGGAAGCCAGGUAGGGGGCGCGGGCGGCCAGCAGCUCCGCGGGCUGCAGCUCUCCUCCUCCCGCUCCUCCCGCUCCUCCCGCCGCUCCCGCCGCCAGCGCCCGGCACCGGCACCCAGCUCCCGCGCCCCGCGCCCCGCGCCCGCGCCCCCGCGGCUCUCGCGUUUGCAGCCGGCCGGGAAGGCAGCGCGGCCGGGAAGAUGCUGCAGUCGCUGGCCGGCAGCUCGUGUGUGCGCCUGGUGGAGCGGCACCGCUCGGCCUGGUGCUUCGGCCUGCUGGUGCUGGGCUACCUGCUGUACCUGGUGUUCGGCGCCGUGGUCUUCUCGUCCGUGGAGCUGCCCUACGAGGACCUGCUGCGCCAGGAGCUGCGCAAGCUCACGCGGCGCUUCCUGGACGAGCACGCCUGCCUGUCCGAGCCGCAGCUCGAGCGCUUCCUGAGCCGCGUGCUGGAGGCCAGCAACUACGGGGUGUCGGUGCUCAGCAACGCCUCGGGGAACUGGAACUGGGACUUCACGUCCGCGCUCUUCUUCGCCAGCACGGUGCUGUCCACCACAGGCUAUGGGCACACGGUGCCCUUGUCAGACGGGGGCAAGGCCUUCUGCAUCGUCUAUUCAGUCAUCGGCAUCCCGUUCACGCUGCUCUUCCUGACGGCGGUGGUCCAGCGCGUCACGGUGCACGUCACCCACAGGCCCGUGCUGCACUUCCACAUCCGCUGGGGCUUCUCCAAGCAGGUAGUGGCCGUGGCACACGCCGUCCUGCUGGGGCUGCUCACGGUGUCCUGCUUCUUCUUCAUCCCGGCUGCCGUGUUCUCGGUGCUGGAGGAAGACUGGAACUUCCUGGAGUCCUUCUACUUCUGCUUCAUCUCCCUGAGCACCAUCGGCCUGGGGGACUACGUCCCGGGGGAGGGCUACAACCAGAAGUUCCGGGAGCUGUACAAGAUCGGCAUCACGUGUUACCUCCUCCUGGGACUCAUCGCCAUGCUGGUCGUCCUGGAGACCUUCUGUGAACUCCACGAGCUGAAGAAGUUCAGGAAAAUGUUCUACGUGAAGAAGGACAAGGACGAAGACCAGGUUCACAUCAUGGAGCAUGACCAGCUCUCCUUCUCCUCCAUCACGGAGCAGGCGGCCUGCCUGAAGGAAGAUCAGAAGCAAAGUGAGUCCUUCGUGGCCUCCCAGUCCCCGCCCUACGAGGACGGCCCUGCCAGCCAGUGAGCGGCCACCAGGUGGCUCGCUCAGAGCCAUGACUGGCCCGUUCUCACUGGAGAGCCGACCCCAAGAGGACGCUAUUCUAAGAAGUAUCUGCUGUUAACACUAUUUCAAAACACGGCUUUGGGUUCUCGGGAUGGGUGCCUAACCCACUGCAAAUGAGCUGUGCACCUGUGACCCACGAAGACGCCAUCACCGGGACGUCACCCACCAGGAUGGAUACUUGAAGCAGUGCCCUGUGGUGGAUGGAGGUGGAUUUUAUAGGUGACUGGGGAGCCUGGGUUUGCAUCCCAGCCAUUUUGCUGAAGCUAAAUAGCAACAUUUAUAUUUAAAAACAGACAAAAAGUAUAGAGAUGUAUUUUAUACAUAGGCUUCGGUGUCCUGGCUUGCAUGUGUCUGUCCAAAAUGAUUAUUUUUGUAGAGUCUCAACCAACUCUGUUUAUAAUGUGCACACAGGACAUAGAAAUGUUUAUAUCCUGUGUGUGUGUAGGCCAGCAGCGCUCCCUAGACUUCGUAAGCCAAGAUAAGAGUUUGUUUUUUUCUUUUUGAUUUCUCUUUAUACCGAAGGACGCAGAAUUGCCAGCACGCUAGGAGGCAUCACAAACUCAAGAGAAACUCUGCGUGCUCUUCUGUGGCCGUGUACAGCUCUACCCUCUCACAGUGGUGUGGGACCAGAUGGCCAGCGAGGAGGCGAGAGUGUCCGGAAGGCACACACUGUCCGUACCCACCUCACACUAAAGCACAGCACACAAGGGCAGCGCUCCGAAGGACGGGUUAUGUCAGGCUAAGCCGCGGAGUCCCCGCUUAGAGCUGAAAUCAAUAAAGUCCCGGCGGGCUGCGGCCCGGCUCCUGCGCCUGAUGUUCUCGUCUCCGUGUCCACGCAGGACACACUUUAGAGUGACAGCCACGGUCUGUCCGGGGUACCCGAAAGCACUAAAAAUCAGAAAGGCCCUGCGUGUGACGAGCUCUCUGACGCCUCUGUCUUGCGGCCCUGGGUUGUACCCAGAGGUAAUCUACCUGCCUGACAAUGACUGGGCACACUCCAUGAUUUCAGAGGCAGCCUCAUCACACCCGGAGGCUCCCCACCUCCUCAGCCCCUGCUGACCCCUUUAGAACUAGCACUUGCGAGGCAGCAUUGGCCACUCCUUAAAAGUCCAGUGACUUAGAUACCUCUCCCUAGGCUCCGCCCCUUAAGGUCCCACCUCUCCCUAGGCUCCGCCCCACAAAGGCCCUACCUCUCCCUAAGCUCCGCCCCUUAAAGGUCCCACCUCUCCCUAGGCUCCGCCUUUAAAGGUCCCAUCACCUAAUAGUGGCACACUGGGAGAAGGCUUGCAGCUCAAACCGUUGGGAGAACCCCGCACUCAAACUCCAGCCCUGGGGCAUCUCUCUGCAGAUAUUACAAUCAGACCAAUUCUGCUCCACUCCAGGAAGAGGAGAAGUUGAGCUUUCUAAGCUACAGUCGCUAUCCUUCUGAAAGACAGCCAUGUUUCUAUUUGCUGUAAACCCUGUGCCUGGGGACAUGUACACAGUGUGCCUUUCCGGCAACGAGAAAGGAGAUUCUUAGAAAUGAGAAGAGGGCAGAGUGUCUGAGGGAGUGAAAGCGAAACUCCUCCAGCCUUGUAAAGCUGCCGAGGUCCAGGACCCUGGGUAUAAACUGCUGGUCUUCCUCUCAAAUAGGACAGCUCAGGGUCACCAGGACCGGCCCUGGAAGGUGGGAACAGGACGGCUGUGUCCCCGGAUUCCAUCAUCUCCUGGUUCCUCGUUCUUGGAGUUCACUGCUGAGGAGCUGGAGGGGAAGGGACAGACGCCCACAGUUCAGGAAGGGGCUCCCUUUGGGGUGUUCCUUCCCAAGUGAGUUUAAGGCAAAAGCGUCGUAAGGACAUGGAGCUGAAAUUAAAACAUGCCUUCCUCACCUUUG